AUGACGUGGGAACCGCAACCGGAUGGCCUGAGCCAAAUCAUCACCCUGCUGAAGCAAUCACAAUCAACGGAUAACAUGGUUCAGCGAAACGUCCAGAUGAAAUUGGAAGAGCUCAACCAGUACCCGGAUUUUAACAACUAUCUCAUUUACGUGCUGACGAAGCUCACUUCCGAGGAUGAACCAACGCGAUCACUUUCGGGAUUGAUACUAAAAAACAACAUCCGCAUCCAUGGCACGCAGCUGCAGCCGGUGAUUAUCGAGUACAUCAAACAGGAAUGUCUCAUGGCACUCGGUGACCCAUCGCCGCUGAUCCGAGCCACCGCCGGCAUUCUUAUUACGACCAUCGCCAACAAGGGCGGCCUGCAGAACUGGCCCGAACUCUUGCCGACGCUGUGUGAUAUGCUCGAUUCGCAGGACUACAGUGUAUGCGAGGGAGCGUUUGGAGCAUUACAGAAAAUCUGCGAGGACUCGGCCGAUACGCUUGACAGCACCGACCUGAACCGCCCGUUGAACAUCAUGAUCCCGAAGUUUCUGCAGUUCUUCCGCCACUCGAGUCCCAAGAUCCGGUCGAAUGCGAUAGCCUGCAUCAACCAGUUUAUCAUAAAUCGAAACCAGGCGCUGAUGGUUCACAUCGAUACCUUCAUCGAGAACCUGUUCCACCUAUCAUCGGAUGACGACCGCGAGGUGCGGAAAAAUGUCUGCCGGGGAUUGGUCAUGUUGCUGGACGUACGCAUGGAUCGACUAAUGCCGCACAUGAACAGUAUCAUCGAGUACAUGCUGAUUCGUACACAAGACUCGGACGAAACGUCGCUGGAGGCAUGUGAAUUUUGGUUGACGCUUGCAGAACAAACCAUUUGCAAGGAGGUCCUGACGCCACACUUGCCACGCCUCGUGCCGGUGCUGGUGCGAGGCAUGAAGUACAGCGACAUCGACAUCAUCAUCUUGAAGGGAGACGUAGAGGAGGACGAAAUGAUCCCGGACCGCGACGAAGAUAUCAAGCCUCGGUUCCACAAAUCUCGCACCCAUACGCAAAAACCUUCGAUUGGCACCGGAGCUAGCGGGAACGACGGUGCGGUACGCUCGAUGGAGGGCAACGAUGACGACGAGGACAUUGACGAUCCGUAUGACGAUAUGGAUGACGAUAGCAAUUUGUCCGAUUGGAACCUGCGAAAGUGCAGCGCGGCUGCGCUGGACGUGCUGGCCAACGUCUUCAAGGAUGACUUCCUUCCUAUCCUGCUGCCUAUCCUCAAGGAGACACUGUUCCACGAAGAGUGGGUGAUCAAGGAGAGCGGAAUUUUGGCGCUAGGUGCGAUCGCUGAGGGUUGCAUGAACGGUAUGGUGACGCAUCUGCCCGAGCUUAUACCGUAUCUGAUCGUGUGUCUCUCGGACAAGAAGGCUCUCGUGCGCUCCAUCACCUGCUGGACGCUGUCGCGUUAUGCGCACUGGGUCGUUAGUCAGCCCCACGAUCAGUAUCUAAAGCCGCUGAUGAAGGAACUGCUGAAGCGCAUUCUGGAUGCCAACAAACGCGUCCAAGAGGCGGCCUGUUCGGCUUUUGCCACGCUGGAAGAGGAGGCAUGUACAGAACUGGUGCCCUACCUGGGCUUUAUAUUAGACACACUUGUUUUUGCUUUCCGCAAGUACCAGCAUAAGAAUCUGCUGAUCCUGUACGACGCAAUCGGUACGCUGGCCGAUUCUGUAGGGCACCAUCUGAACAAGCCGGAAUACAUCAGCAUGCUGAUGCCACCGUUGAUCGAGAAGUGGAACAAUCUAAAGGACGAAGACAAAGAUCUGUUCCCGCUGCUAGAGUGUCUCUCGAGCGUUGCAACGGCACUCCAUUCCGGUUUCCUACCCUACUCGGAGCCGGUCUAUCGCCGGUGUAUUUCGCUGGUUCAGCAAACGUUGAAUCAGGAUCUAGCAAGCACCACCAGCCCGGGACAGUUCGAGCAGCCGGACAAGGAUUUCAUGAUCGUCGCGUUGGAUUUACUCUCUGGAUUGGCGGAGGGCUUAGAUUGCUACAUCGAAUCGCUCGUUUCGAGCAGCAACAUCAUGCAAUUGCUUUACCAGUGCAUGCAGGAUUCGAUGCCAGAGGUACGGCAGUCGUCUUUCGCCUUGCUCGGGGAUUUGACCAAGGCUUGCUUCCAGCACGUACAUCCACACAUUGCAGACUUUUUACCCAUCCUGGGCCACAAUUUGAAUCCGGAGUAUAUUUCAGUUUGCAACAAUGCAACAUGGGCGAUUGGAGAAAUCAGCAUCAAGCUAAUGGAAGACACUAAACCGUACAUUCCAAUGGUGUUAGCACCUCUGAUUGAAAUCAUUAACAACACCAACACGCCGAAGACUUUGCUGGAAAAUACCGCGAUAACAAUUGGGCGUCUAGGUCUCGUGUGUCCCGUAGAGGUGGCCCCCUCAUUGCAACAGUUUGUGCGGCAGUGGUGUUCGUCAUUGCGUAACAUUCGCGAUAAUGAGGAAAAGGAUUCCGCCUUCCGUGGGAUGUGUCAAAUGAUCACGGUCAAUCCGGUCGGCGUAGUGCCCGAUUUCAUAUUUUUCUGCGACGCCGCCGCCUCGUGGAUGACUCCGAAGAAGGAUUUACACGAUAUGCUACACAAGAUUCUUCAUGGUUUCAAGAUGCAAGUGGGAGAGGAAAAUUGGAGCCGUUUCGUAGAGCAGUUCCCGCCGCAGUUGAGCGAACGGUUGGCUGUAAUGUACAGCAUCUAA